CCUGAGUUCUUUGCUCUGAUUCGUGCAUCCCGCCGUCAAUAUCCGCACAGGUCGCUGGAAUACGCCCGCCCCUACGGCGGUUGGCUGGCGCCGCUGUCGAUCUGCCGUUUCCGGCGGCGGCCGAGGGCCCGGCUUGUUUUUUUUGUUCUCGCUCCGGUCAAUGUGCGGCUGCAAGUUUACAAAAUGGCGACGGUGCCGGUGUACUGCGAGUGUCGGCAGCCCUACGACGCCGGCCGCUUCAUGAUUGAGUGCGACGUCUGCAAGGACUGGUUCCACGGCAGUUGUGUACGAGUGGAGGAACACCAAGCUGUUGACAUUGACUUGUACCACUGUCCCAAAUGUGCCAUCUUACAUGGAGCCUCUCUGAUGAAGAGACGGAAAAACUGGCACCGACAUGACUACACUGAGGUCACAGACUCGGUAAAGAUGAUACAAGCAGGUACACCGGUUUUCGUCAGGCACCUCCGAGCCCGGCACUUUCCCAGUGCUGGUGGAAUUGUCAUCAAGAUGCACGGUACCCAGCUGACACACAAGUACCUGGAAAAGCAUGGGUUUGAUUUUCCCAUUUUGGUGCCCAAGAUAGAUGGACUUGGAAUUGCUCUUCCUUCAAGCACCUUUUCUGUCAGGGAUUUGGAAGAAUAUGUGGGUGGUGAGAAGGUGAUCGAUGUGAUUGAUGUGGCUCGGCAAGCUGAUUGUAAGAUGAAACUGCGGGAGUUUGUAGAAUAUUACAAUGCCCAACGAACCAAAGUAUUAAAUGUUAUUAGCUUGGAAUUUUCUGAUACAAAGAUGUCAGACUUGGUGAAGGUUCCUGACAUUGUACAGAAGCUUUCAUGGGUGGAGAAUUACUGGCCUGAAGAUUCCAUCUUUCCCAAGCCCUGUGUUCAGAAAUAUUGUCUGAUGGGAAUGGAGGACAGUUACACCGACUUCCACAUUGACUUUGGAGGCACCUCUGUAUGGUACCAUGUACUGUGGGGUGAUAAAAUCUUUUACUUGAUAAAGCCUACCAAUGCCAAUCUUGCACUUUAUGAAAGUUGGAGCAGUUCUGUGAACCAGAGCGAAACGUUCUUUGGAGACCAAGUGGAUCGAUGCUACAAGUGUGUACUGCAACAGGGACAGACACUUCUCAUUCCCACAGGUUGGAUCCACGCUGUCCUAACCUCCAAGGAUUGUAUGGCUUUUGGUGGAAACUUUCUGCAUAACCUCAACAUUGGAACACAACUCAGGAUAUAUGAGAUGGAGAAACGAUUAAAGACUCCUGAACUUUUCAAGUUUCCGUAUUUUGAAGCAAUGUGCUGGUAUGUGGCAAAUGGCCUUUGGGAAACUCUAAAAGAAAUGAGGGAAGAUGACUGUCAGCCGCAAGAAUACCUAGUGCAAGGAGUCAAGUUGCUCAUCCCAUCACUUAAAUGCUGGAUUCAGAGGGAGGGGUUAAUUAGCCGCACGUCUGAACUUCCAGAUCAAAUUAGACCAGGGCAUCUUAUUAAAGAGCUCAGCAAGGAAGUUCGCUUUGUGGAGGAGAUGAACAUUGGAAAUAAACCUGUGAAAUCUCAGGGAAUUGUGCCUGCAGUGCCAGUCACACGGAUCUCUCAGGACAAGAAUUGUUCCUUCAGUAUUAAUCCUAGUAAGAGAAAAUGUAGAAGACUAAGAGACCCUUCGAACAAGAUGCACUCAAACCUGGAUAUACUGGAGCUUCACACCCGGCAGGUAUUGAAGAAGAUGGAAAUGGCUCCGUGGAAUGAGGAUGAUAUGUCCAGCUCCACAUUGAGAGUGAAACUCAGUGGGACCUCAUCACCAUCUUCGACUGCAGCUGAAAAAGGUUGCAGUGGUAAUAACUUGCAGCUGGUGUUGUCGAAAGGAAGAAUCAUUAGUCAUGGCAGGAACAAAGUGAUGAAGUCUGAACAUUGCAGCGCCAGCAGCGAAGAUGAAGAGGAGGAACAGACAGAUGAGCAGAGCAGUGUGCUACAUGAAGAGAACUUGCAGUGGGAGGAUCAGAAGCCAGCAUCUCAAACUCCACUGAACAAGUUCUUUGAGAGUGUGAAAAUCGAAAUUCAGGAUGGAACGUCUGAAUCAUCUGAGCAAUAUAACUCUGAUGAUAUGAAGGAGGAAUACAGCAUACAGAAGUUAAGUUCUUGGGAUGAAGGCUUUGACCAGUCAAGUGAUAGUGGGAAGAAUGAUUUGACAAAUAAUUCAUUGACUGGUAAAUCCCACCAAGUUCCAGAGAAGCCCAGGACGAGUCUGAAGCGUUGCAAGAAGGACAGUAUGGUUGAGAGGGUACAGCCACCAUCUCCAAGUACAACCGAGGCCAUUCAGGGCAUGCUUUCAAUGGCAGCCUUGCAGUACUCAGACCUUCGCAACAGCCCAAGAAAGAAUAGGGACAGCCUGGAUAAAAGGAACCUUUCCAAGUCACAUCAUGGCAUAAGAACUAAUAGGCGGGAGAAAGGAGAACUGAGCCCAUGUUCCAGGGCAUCAGACUGUGCUGGGCCCGGGAAGCAGGAAGCCGCUGAAUGCAGUACUGUGCUGAUGAAUAGUGAAACAAGGGCCAUAAUGGGAACUACAGCUAGAUUAUCUGAAGAGAUAUUGAAGAAUGAACUAAAACAUCUCCGAAAAGAAUGUUCUUCAAUGGCAAGGCAAAAUAUUCAGGAGAACAAGAUUUUAGUGGAAGAAAUGGUGGAUAGUGAGGGUCAGAUUGCUUCUGACUCACUGGGUGCAGUGUACCGAUCAACCACUGACUGUGGCCUGCAAGGGAGUCCAGUUGACAAUGGUGACAGUCCAGAUUGGAUCCAUCCUGGAAUAUCAACCUCGCCACCCCUGCAUCCAUCCAGCAAGACGACCAUUUCCAAUCCACCACCCGUGAGCAAUCAGGCAACAAAAGGAAAACGUCCAAAGAAAGGGAUGGCAACUGCAAAGCAGCGACUGGGAAAGAUUUUGAAGCUGAACCGAAGUGGUCGCCUCUUUCUUUAGAAAUAAGACUUUAUGGACUAGCAUUGGGCCAAAGAGGGUCACAAUGCUGCUGCAUAGAUGGCCCUACCUCGUGCCCUUGGAAGAGACCCUUGGAUAUGCACUGUUGAAGCACAGAUGAGCAAUAAUGGAAGUAUCAGAGCUGGGGAGAGAAGGACUGUAAUGGAGAAGCUCUGAAAAUCGUUCAGGGUUAGCAGACAUUUUUAAAGGACGCUAUUCUGUUUUUUCUUAAGAUACUCUCUGUUGUAAUUUAUCUUCCAAAUUAUUUGAUGCAUUUUAAUUUAACAGCAUUGUUUUUUUUUUAAAGAGAAAACUAUUUAUUGAGGAAUUGAUUCAGUUGAACAAAAUAAUUUAGAUAUAAAAUAUUGAACCAUAUUUCCAAAUGAA